AUGUCAGCACAAGAAUACUUCGGCGGGUCUUCUCAAAACCCUCCUCGUCGGGAGGAAUCCCACACUCCUGGACCCUGGAACUCAUCGACGCCUGGACCGGACACGCCUCGCACCAGCGCCUACAGUCCCUAUCCCCCCUCCGAGAACUACUAUCGUCCAAACUCCAACCCCAACCCCAACCCCAAUCAGAACUACUAUGCCUCCCCACCAGACCCCCGAAUGGCGCAGGGGUCAUGGAACGGACCUUCUCCUUCCCCCUCCCUAGGCGGCGAAGGCUACCCCCACCAGCCGUACGGACAGCAGCCGCAGCCCCCGUACCCUCAGCACGGAGGACCCUCCCCCACCCCUUCUGGCUACCCCCCAUACCCUCCACAAGAAGGAGGAGCACCCUACAAUGACCGCCCAUAUUCCCCCUACCAGCAGCAGCAGCAACAGCAACCAGGCCCCCAACAACCCCCACCCUACAGCACCAACCCCAACCUCCCGCCGGGCGCCACCGACGACCAAGACCGCGGCUUCCUAGGGGCCGUGACCGGCGGCGCGGCCGGCGCCUUCGCAGGCCACAAGGUGAACCACGGCUUCCUGGGCGCGAUCGGCGGCGCGCUGACGGGCUCCGUCGCGGAAGACGCCAUCAAGAACCACCGCAAGAAGAAAGAGGAGGAAGAAAAGGAAGCCCUCCGCCGGCAGAAGGAGGCCCUCAAGGAGCAGAAGCGCCGCGAGAAGGAAGAGCGCAAGAUGCAGCGCCGCGCCGACCGCCACCACCGCCGGCACUCCUGCUCGUCGUCCUCGUCGUCCUCCUCCUCCGAUGACGAACGUAAGCAUCAUCCCGGAAGAACCUUCCGCGGGAACUUCUCCGGCUCCUCCCGCGAGAUCCGGCUCGAGGGGUACCACGAGCUCGUGGCCUACUGCGGCGACGUCGACGGCCGCCAGCACCGCUCGGUCAUCCCGCUCAACGACGUCCUCACCAACUCCUGGGGCGAGUUCAAGUGGGCCCGCCACGGCAAUUUCGCCGCCUCGGCGAGCAACGUCCACCUCGAGGAUGGGGGCCGCGUCCUGGUGGCGGAUCUGGGCGAUGGCAAUGGCGGGUGGAAGAGGAGCUGGAUCCGCUUGGAUGAGAGGAUCUCAAAUCAGAAUGGGCGGUUGGUGUUCUUGGAUUAG